AUGGCCGUUGACACACAUAUCAUGGGGAGCAUCCACAUCGGCAAUCCCGACCAAUUUCGAGGCUAUGCAGGUAUUCACGAUGGCCUGGAGCUGCAGCAGCACCUCCUCUCUCUUCCCCGAGAAGACCUGGAUCAAUUAGCGAAUCUUCUUCGUGCGAUCGCCAAGUGCAAAUCCUCAUCCGACACCAUUGCCGGCCCAUCCAGCCCAGCCCAAGAAGUAGCCUCCGCACUUUCUCCCAGCCAGCAAGACAGUGAAUCCGUGACCGUUGACCGUUACUCCACUCCACUCACUCUUAAUCCACUCUCUAGCAAGAGCUCGGUGCGUGAGAAGAAGAAUUCCAGCCGCAGCCCCGUUCCCAUCGCAGAGUCGCCACUACGUGACACCACAUCCCACUCAGUUGUAGCAAAACAGUCUAAGCCUGUCUGGAAGGGUUCAGUUCAGCUUUCACCUACUCAAGAAGAUGAUGGGACAUUCGCCGCCUGUGCUGAGGGUAUUUCACCAUACGCGACAGGCAACACAGACUCAUCCACCCUCGUGGGGGGGAUCAAAAACCCAAUCACCGACUCCAAUGAGCUCUUGAAUACCAACAAAAGCAAGUACCACCACACCCCUGGCCUCUCCCUCGAGACCCAGACAAUCCCCGCCCAGGGCCAGAAGCAGGAAAAGUUCGUAGGGCUUAUAGAAGCGCUCAGUAAAUUCAAGCGCUCGAUCCCCGGUACAUCGGUCAGCUCAAGCAAAUUGACCUCCAUGGCGCGGUCCAUCUUCCCAAACAGUGAACCAGGCCGUGGCUUCUUCUCGCCAAUCACACGUGGCCCCGAGACCUUCGUGGUCGAGGAGGAGGAUAGCAACGGAGGCUUCGUAUACAUAUCCGACUUCGAGUCUAGUCUUCUUCCUGAAACUCCUCCAGGUUGUGACUCCCUCGCCGCCCCCGCCGAGAGCACGUCGCCAGGCGCCAAGCAUUGCGAGAAAGACAAGUCCGCAGGACGACGGGGAGAGCUGAAGGUUGUUCAGGGCCCCAAGGGCGUCAAGCGCUCAACGCCGGGUGAAUACCGUGUAGACAAGGCCGCAGCUAGGCAAGUAGCGAAGCAGGCUCAGUACGUUGCUCAAGCCGGGUUUUCGCGCCUCCAGGAUGCGGUCGAUACUUUUGUGCUCCCGCCUGGAGCCGACGAUUGGGAUUAUCGGGUCCGCAACCCGCUAUGUUCCUACGAAAAUCCUUCAAAACCCAUUACCCAACAAGAGAGGGCUCGCCACAUCGCUAACGGAUAUGGUCCGACCUACGCAGAGUUCCUCCGCAUGGACCCAGAGAAGUAGAUAUGUGGGUAUAGAUGGGC